UUGUCAGUGGACCAGAGCCGGGUCCCGGGCGGCCGGCCUCGGGAUCGAGUGUCUGGUAGGUUUAUUUUGCCGGACAUUCCCGCGGUCAGCGUGUCAGCGCCCCCCGGACCUGGGAGCCCGGCCCCAUGAGUCCACAAGUUCUCACUUUUUCACCCGACUCAGCAGAAUCUGACACUGUUGCCGGACCUCUCCGUGAGCAGAACCUGGACUUGGGUCCUGGACACAGAGACCCGGACAGACUGGACACGCUCCAGUCGUCACGAGUCAGAGUCUCCGGGUUUUGAUCGGGUACAUCGUCACAUGACUCACGACUGAUGGGUUAGCGAUGACCAGUCACUGAGUCAUUAUAGACUGGACUGGUUUUGUGAGUCCAGCAGCCGCUGCAUCGGACUCGUCCCCUGACUCGACCGUCUGGUUCUGGAGGUACAAAGCUAACGACUCUUCAGCCAAGUUACGAGUGCCACUUUGAGUCACAGGUCUGACACUGAGUCACAAGUCUUCUUUGAGUCCUACCUGGCGAGUCUGGCACCUGAGGACCGGACGCUCGCCGACAGACGCGGCGACCGAAGAGUGUGAGUGAGCCACUGACCCUGGGUAGCUGGGAGCGCCGGCCAUCCCCAGGACCUUCUUCUCCGUCCCCACCAUGUUCCUCAUGGGUCUCCUCGGGCUUCAGGCUCCAGUGGAUCCAGAGAUGGCUGGCGACUGAGGAGCUUCUGCAGCGGCACAGCAGAUGUCCCGGGCUGCGCGCGGCUGUGUAUAAAUGAACCUGUGACCUGCAGGCUGCCCUGCUGCUGAGGCUCUGGCUCCAGGAGAACCUUUGUCUUCAUCUUCGUCUUCAUCAUGGACUUGGUCAGCGGCUCCAACAACAGCUUCAGUCUGGACCUGUUCCGGACCCUGAGCCGGGCCCAGCCCGGUCAGAACCUCUUCAUCUCGCCGCUCAGCAUCAGCUCGGCCAUGGCCAUGGUCUACCAGGGGGCGCGGGGGGACACGGCCGCCCAGAUGGCUCAGGCCCUGUCCUUCACACCCGGCCAGGACGUCCACGGCGGCUUCCAGAGCCUCAACAGCCAGAUCCGGGCGACGUCCUCAUCCUGCACCCUGAAACUGGCCAACCGACUCUUCGGGGAACGCUCUCUGGGCUUCCUCCCGGAGUUCCUGGACAGCACCCAGAAGUUCUACCAGGCCGAGCUGAAGCCCCUGGACUUCAUGGGGGCGGCGGAGGAGAGCCGCGCGGAGAUCAACGGCUGGGUGGAGCAGCAGACGGAGAGUAAGAUCCAAGAGCUCCUGCAGCCGGGCGCCAUCACCCCCACCACCCGCCUGGCCCUGGUCAACGCCCUGUACUUCAAGGGCGACUGGAUGUGGCGCUUCGGUGCCGCCGACACCCGAGAGAUGCCCUUCCACAGCCCCAAGGACGGAACCAAGCCAGUCCAGAUGAUGCACCAGGUGAAGAAGAUGCCAUACAACUACGUCCCCGAGUUGGAGCUGCAGGUGCUGGAGCUGCCGUACCAGAGCCAGGAGCUCAGCAUGUUCGUCCUGCUGCCGGAGAAGUCCAGCAACGGCAGCGACCCGCUGCUCAAGGUGCAGGACGCGCUGACCCCGGAGAAGCUCGAGGAGUGGACCUCCAGGGAGGCGAUGGACGCUGGCGCCGAGGUGCACGUCCACCUGCCCAGGUUCAGGCUGGAGGACCAGCACGAGCUGAAGGAGCCGCUGGCCCAGCUGGGCAUGCGCCACCUCUUCUGCGCCGACACGGCCGACCUCUCGGGCAUCUGCGGUCAGGGCGGGCUCUUCCUCUCCACGGUGGUCCACAAGACCUUGGUGGAGGUGAACGAGGAAGGCAGCGAAGCGGUGGGCGCCAGCGCCGCCGUGGCCAGCUUCUGCAUGCUGAGGGAGGAGCACUUUAUGGCCGACCACCCCUUCCUCUUCUUCAUCAAGCACCACCAGAGCAAGGCCGUCCUCUUCAUGGGCCGCUUCUCCUCGCCCCAGUAGGACGCCACUCCCCCCGACCUGGUUACGCAUCCUUCACAAUAAAAGCCU